AUGGUCAGUUUCGAGGAGAAGAUGCGAGAAAGCAACACGUUAUUCAAGGAAGAGCAACGGAUACAUGACAUUGCACAACGCCUUGCUGAAAACACAGAUCAAUUGCUUCAACUGCUUCUGGACCUCAACUCCCAGCCACAGGUACCGAAAUCCUUGCGCUACGAUUUGAAACCCCCAGGCCAUGUUACGGCUACGCAGUAUAGCUCGGAAAAAAGAACAGACGCGGAAGAAAGCCACCUGAGACUAGUGAAGGCGAGACACCAGCUUCAAAGUAAACAAAUUAGUCCUGGCGAGUACCGGGCUCUCGAAAACACACUAUUACAGUCUGAGGAAUUUACGCCCAGUAAUUCGUACGCGUCACUUCUUACCACUGCCAACCCUUUGAUACGGCCAGUGGAAAACCCCGAGCCAGGCAAGGAACGACCUAUUGGGUACCUGACCAUCAAGGAAGAGGAGCAGUAUCUCCAGUCUAUUGAUGCGUUCUUGGACGGAACCACGACCAAUCCCAGGCUUCACGCGGCUGGCAAUCUGGGGAGUCGCAACACCGAGCGAACCAUCGAGCGAGAGCGUGAGAUGCAGCUGAAGAACUCGGUGUCGGUGUACAAUUGGCUGCGAAGGCACCAGCCUCAGGUCUUCUUGCAGGACAACGAACCUGAGAAGCCAUCCCGAGCGACGGGUUCGAGAAGUUCGGCACGUAAAUCUGCGGGCAAAGAGGCCUUGAGACGAGAACCGGAGUUGUACGAUGAUGAUGGGAUUGCCGUAGAACAUGGAGCUUCUUUGAGGGGGAAACGGAAGCGAGACAAUGAUGGGGGCUACAGACCCAAAGGGGGAAGUUCACGAGGCGCGAAACGCAGAAAGGAGACCAAGGAAGAGACUGGGCGGACUAAGCGGUCAAAAAGGUCAUCGCUCGAUGCAAGAUAG